AUGGAUUUUAAUCUCUUGACGGACAGUGAUGCCCGGAGCCCGGCGCUGUCGCUCUCCGACUCUGGGACGCCGCAGCACGACCAGGGAUGUAAAGGCCAGGAGAGCAGUGACACAGAGAAAUCUCACCCAAACCAGUUGGAUGAGUCCAGUACGGAUGACGGCUCACUAAAGAAGAAGCAGCGGAGGCAGAGAACACAUUUCACCAGCCAGCAGCUCCAAGAGCUUGAGGCCACCUUUCAGAGGAACCGCUAUCCUGACAUGAGUACCAGAGAGGAGAUUGCUGUGUGGACCAAUCUCACGGAGGCUCGGGUCAGGGUAUGGUUCAAGAACCGACGUGCCAAGUGGAGAAAGCGGGAAAGGAACCAACAGGCUGAAUUAUGCAAGAAUGGCUUCGGUGCCCAAUUUAAUGGACUCAUGCAACCCUAUGAUGACAUGUACACGGGCUACUCAUACAACAACUGGGCCACCAAGAGUUUAGCGAGCAGCCAGCUCUCCGCGAAGAGCUUCCCUUUUUUUAACUCAAUGAAUGUAAGCCCCCUCUCAUCCCAGCCCAUGUUCUCCCCUCCUAGCUCCAUCCCCUCUAUGAACAUGGCCUCCACUAUGGUACCAUCGGCGGUGGCUGGAGUUCCUGGCACGGGCCUCAACAACUUGGGAAACCUUAACAACCUCAACAGCCCCACAGCACUCAACUCAGCGGCAGCCACCUGCCCGUACGCCAGCACGGCCAGCCCAUACAUGUACAGAGACACUUGCAACUCCAGUUUGGCUAGUCUGCGACUGAAGGCCAAGCAACAUACCAACUUCACUUAUCCCACUGUGCAGAAUCCCGUGUCCAACCUGAGCCCCUGCCAGUAUGCUGUCGACCGGCCAGUAUGA